UUGGUUCUCUGAGAUGGUGAAGCAAACCAUCCAGAUCUAUGCCCGGGUGAAACCUCUGGGCAGGAGGCAAACGGCAGGGAUAUAUUCAAUUGGUGAAGAUGAAACAUCAGCAUUCAAUCUGGAGAUUAUUGUGCCCCGUGAUUUGGCAGAUGGAUUUGUCAAUAAUAAACGAGAAAACUACAAGUUUAAAUUUCAGAAAGUUUUUGAUCAGGAAGCAAAACAAGAUGAAAUUUUUGAAGCUAUUGCUAAACCAGUUGCAGAAUGUGCUCUAGCUGGCUACAAUGGCACUAUAUUUGCGUAUGGACAGACAGGAAGUGGCAAGACAUUUACCAUUACUGGGGGAGCAGAACGUUACAGUGAUCGAGGCAUCAUUCCAAGGACCUUAUCUUAUAUAUUUCAGCAGUUGCAAAAGGACAGCAGUAAAGUAUAUACAACACACGUUUCCUACUUAGAAAUUUAUAAUGAGUGUGGUUAUGAUCUACUGGACCCAAAGCACGAAGCCUCCAAACUAGAAGAUUUACCAAGGGUGACAAUAAUGGAAGACCCCGAUCAGAACAUUCAUCUGAAACAUCUCUCUUUGCAGCAAGCAACCAAUGAGGAGGAAGCAUUGAACCUUCUUUUCUUAGGAGACACCAACAGGAUGAUUGCAGAGACUCCAAUGAACCAAGCUUCAACUCGUUCACACUGUAUUUUUACCAUUCACAUCUCAAGCAAAGAACCAGGAUCUUCAACCAUUAGACACUCUAAACUACAUUUAGUGGAUCUGGCUGGUUCAGAACGUGUUGCAAAGUCUGGAGUAGGAGGUCAGCUGCUGACAGAGGCCAAAUACAUCAAUCUGUCAUUACAUUACUUGGAACAGGUGAUUAUCGCCCUGUCAGAGAAACACAGGUCUCAUAUACCUUAUAGGAACUCUAUGAUGACCUCAGUGUUAAGAGACAGCUUAGGAGGAAACUGCAUGACAACAAUGAUUGCAACACUAUCAAUCGAAAAAAGGAAUAUAGAUGAAUCUAUAUCAACGUGUAGAUUUGCACAGCGUGUUGCUCUUAUUAAGAAUGAAGCAAUUCUUAAUGAAGAAAUUGAUCCCAGACAAAUGAUUGCACAAUUAAAGAAAGAAAUCCAGGAGAUAAAAGAUGAAUUGGCCAUGGUGACAGGGGAGCAAAGAUCAGAAGAACUUACACAAGAAGAGCUACUUCAGGUUAGUGAGAAGAUUAAAUGUUUUUUGGAAGAUAUGGAUCCUGAAAGCACAUUGAAUGUUGGUGCUGAUAUGAGGAAGAUCAAAUACUGUUUCAGCUAUUUAAAGAGACUGAUUAAUCAUGCAAAGCUCUGUGACAAUGCUUUGCUUGCAUCAGACAUUUCUGAAGACAAAGUUGCUAAUAGCUCAUUUGGAAAUGAAGAGUUAAAGAAGCUGAAGGAUCUUCUGCAGCAAAGAGACAAUGAAAUCAGUAUUUUGGUAAAUAUGUUAAAGAAAGAAAAGAAGAAAGCCCAAGAUGCCCUUCUUCAGCUCAGUGCUUGUUCAAGGGAGGUUCCACCUUCAGCAAGUUCUCUUAUUUCAAAAAAAGUAGAAAACGAGCAAAUGUUACCUGUCUCCUUUGAAGCUAAAUCUCAUUUUCUUCUCAGGAACACAGGAGUAGGAGUAGAAAUGUCAAUUGGACGCCAAGAAGCCUUUGAAAUUUUCAAGAGAGAUCAUACUGAUGGCAUAACCAUUGAAGACAAUAAGCAGCUCCUUAAACAAAGGUUUACGGAAGCAAAAUCCCUGGGAGAAAAAGUUAAUGAGAUAAGAAACAGAAUCAACCAUUUGAAAGGAGAGAUAACCCAACGGCACAUGCAAAAAGCAGCUCAAGAUGUUGCCAGUCCUCAAAAAAUAAAUGAUCCUGAUCCAGUAGAAGAGGCAUUUCGGGCACAACUUGAAGAGGAGAAGACCAGUUAUAAAACAAUGUUCACUCGCUUGAAAGGAAUGAAGAUAGAGAUUGAGCAUUUACAGCUCCUUAUGGAAAAAGCAAAGGUGAAAGUGCAAAAAGACUUCGAAGUUUGGUGGUCUGAGGAGGCAACACAUUUACAGAUCCAGGAAGAAAAUCCACCUUUGCAUAAUUCAGUCAGUGCCUCAAAGAUUUCACCCUUGUUUUUUGAAUCCCAGCCCCAGCCCAGCCUAUGUGAUAACAGGGUUCUAAAUAAUAGCAGAGCCAGCUUCAGUGAAGAAUCUUCAGUGACAAGCAGCUUGCACCGUCUCAGCAACUCAAUUUCAAAAGCAAGAAUUUCCCCAAGUUCAAGUUCAUCCAUCCCUCUCACAGGAGACCGUCAAACUGAUGCUGAUAUUCUAGCUUUUAUUAGAGCGAGACGGAAUCUCCAGCAAAAGAAAGGACUGAGGAACAAGUGAAUUCUCAACUGUGCUGUAAUCUGCCAUCUCAAUAUUAAAUGAAACAAGACAGAAUAACUGUAGGAAUAGAACCAAUGGAGCUUUGAGCUGCAGCUUAAUUUACAACAGAAAAAAUCAAAUAGCAAUGUGUUUCCCCACCCAAGAAACGGUGUUCAGCAUGUGUCUUCAGUGACUUCAUCAUAUCAAAAAUAAGCAAAACCAAACUGGAACUCCUAGUGAGGGUUUAUUAGGAAUUUGAUGGCUGUGUUAUGUGUCUUAUAAACAUCAGGAUUAUUUAGCACCUUCUUAAAAUGCUUUUUCAUGCCAACCACAAGCGGAAAACUUCUUUGCCAGGAACUUUUCUGUCCCUUGGAAACAGAUGAAAUGCUUGCUGUUCUCAGCAGGUUGGAUUUACACAUUUUGUUGGGUCCUUUGUUCAGUUUUGAUUUGCACUGGUUCAGUAGCACUGUCCAAAAGCAGCAAACAUUUUUAUCCCAUAUAAUUUCACUUAGAGAGCUGUUAAUUAAUGCCAGAAAACUCUCCCCUCCCCAAUUUUCUAAAAAGCCAACUUUAAUUUAUUUGGAGAUCAAGAGUUACAUUACAAAAAAAUGAUCUUCAUCAUAAAAUUAAAUUUCAUAACUCAAUGUUUACAAAAGAAUGUGGGCACCAAUCAAACUGUAAUCCAUGAAAUGCUGGCUUGUGAAUUGGCACUGGGACUUACUCUUUAUUGUAACUACUGGAUUGUUUUUCCUCAUCCGUUAUUUCUUUUUCUGUGUCAAGAAUUUUUGUGGCUGCCAUUGGGAUACUGGAAUCUUGCAUCUGUGAAGAGUGGACCCACUUUCCUUCUGUUCAUAAACAUAGUUUACGCGCCUCUGUGCUGGUUCUCAUAUAAGAAAAUAAUCUUUUACUACACAUACAGUGCAAUCCUAACAAGAGUUAUCCAGUCUAAGCCCACUGGAGUAACUCUUCUUAGGAUGGCACUGAUAAUUAUUAAAUGCAGUAGAACCAUCAAACUAAUGUCACUUGGCACAAUUUGGA